AUGAGAAGAAAUAUAAAGAAAAUAACUAUAGCAACAGCAAUUAUAACAAAAGCCCGUGUGGCAUAUGCAUCCCCAAUAAAUGCCAUUGCACCCGCUAUAAAUGGUGGUAUGAGCAGUGCACCCCAACUAUUGGGCGACACUAGAACUACUUCAGUGUUAAGUAUGGCACAAGAUAUAGCUGAGCAAGAGGAAAAUAUCCGAUAUGUAGAGAAUGCGUUAAGUAAAGCAAAUAAAAUAUAUGGAGAAAGCACGGAACAAAUACCAGACAAUGCAUAUACUGCCGAGAGAGAUAUUGAAGAUGAUUGGGAUGAUUUUCAAUAUAAUGUGGAUCGAUUAGAAUUAAACCAUAACAGUUUUAAUAAUUUAAUUAAUAGAUAUAUUGAAGAAUACAAAAAGCAAACAGGCAGUGAAAUUUAUAAAGAUUUCCGACUAUGGAGAACAAAGUCAAGGCAGCCAUAUAUAAAUAUUUACCAAUUAAUUGACAAUAAAGAACUUUCUAAGUAUGUGUCUGACAGCCCGAAGAAAGAUAAGGAAGAAACCCACAAGCUGUUAGACUUCCCCAUCCUUAGCCCAAACAUUGGAAGGUAUUAUAAACCAGUCAUAGAGGAUCUAGAGAAAAUAAUUAAAUUAUCCUCUCCUUCCAUGGCAGAUAAAACAAUAGCAAGCGUACUGUCCAGAAAUACAGAAAUAGAUCCUACUACUAUGGCCAAGUGCUUUUUAUCAUUUACACAGUCUCCUGAUGUAUAUAGAAGGUUUGAUUUUAAAGAAAUGCUUUCAUACAAAACCAAUGAUGAGUAUAUAAGUAAUAGGUGGACACUGGGCACAGAAGAAGGAAUGAAGGAUUUUAUAAAAGCAGUGCAUCACGAUAGAAGAGAAAUAGGUGGGUUCGCUGGAGUCAAUUUUGUGCAAAUAUCACAGACUUUAAAGGCACAAAAAGAAUUUAAAACUAUCAUGGAAGAGUUCAAAUCGAAUAAUAAUAAUAGCAACAAAAAGAUAGAUGAUAGUACCCCAGUAAACAGGCUUUCUUCGGAUACAGUAAAUACAAUACAGCAAGUAAUUGGAUGGAGAUUAACAAACACUGGAUUUAUCAUGCAAAUAGAAGAUUUAAUUGGCUUAAUAGAGGAAAUGAUAAAAACUAAUAGCAAUUAUACGAGAAAUGCAAAAAUCUAUAUAAAAAACUAUAGAGAUGAAUACAUUACAAGCGAUGGGAAUUACUUUGAUGCCAUGAACGCUUUUAUUGCAGAUACAAAAGAAAAAAUCCAAACAGUUAAGGAGCUAAACUUUAAUGCUGACCAUCUCUUAGUAAUUAAUAAGGCGGUAAGCUAUUUAGCAAAGCAUUCUCUAGCUUUAUUACAUCGGAUAAACAUGGAUUCAUUCAUGUCCGAAAAUAAGCUGAAUGAAUACAAAUCAUUAAAUAGUAUACCUUACAAUAUUAAACAAACAUUAAUACAAAGCGCUAAAGAAUCCUGGAAUUCUGCAAAUUUAAUCAUAAAAUACAUAAAUGUAACAGAAGAAGAAAGAAAUCAAUCUAGUAGAGAAUAUAAAAAUAAUUUAAUCAAGAAAUUAGCUGCACUUUCGCAAACUAGGCCAAUACUACCAACGCAUGCAACAGAGAAUAUUCCAAUAGAAGUAAGUUCUACAAGAAUACCAACAACUACGGCGCAGCCAACGCAUGCAACAGAGAAUAUUUCAAUAGAAGUAAGUUCUACAAGAGCACCAACAGCCACUGGAACUAGCACAGAUGAUACCACUACUAUCGGCAUUGACACCAUGGAGUGUAUACCCACUGACGAUGAUGUAUCUUACAACAGUGCAUCUUCAUUUUUAUCCUCUGCAACUUCAAUGUUGGCCUAUAAGUGUGCACUAAUUGUGGGCUUUGCCACACAGUUUGCAAGACGAGCUCUUCCAUUUGACCGUUAUUAA